AAUAAUAAUAAUAAUAAUAAUAAUAAUAAUAAUAAUAAUAAUAAUAAUAAUAAUAAUAAUAAUAAUAAUAAUAAUAAUAAUAAUAAUAAUAAUAAUAAUAAUAAUAAUAAUAAUAAUAAUAAUAAUAAUAAUAAUAAUAAUAAUAAUAAUAAUAAUAAUAAUAAUAAUAAUAAUAAUAAUAAUAAUAAUAAUAAUAAUAAUAAUAAUAAUAAUAAUAAUAAUAAUAAUAAUAAUAAUAAUAAUAAUAAUAAUAAUAAUAAUAAUAAUAAUAAUAAUAACAAUAAUAAUAAUAAUAAUAAUAAUAAUAAUAAUAAUAAUAAUAAUAAUAAUAAUAAUAAUAAUAAUAAUAAUAAUAAUAAUAAUAAUAAUAAUAAUAAUAAUAAUAAUAAUAAUAAUAAUAAUAAUAAUAAUAAUAAUAAUAAUAAUAAUAAUAAUAAUAAUAAUAAUAAUAAUAAUAAUAAUAAUAAUAAUAAUAAUAAUAAUAAUAAUAAUAAUAAUAAUAAUAAUAAUAAUAAUAAUAAUAAUAAUAAUAAUAAUAAUAAUAAUAAUAAUAAUAAUAAUAAUAAUAAUAAUAAUAAUAAUAAU